AUCAGCUCGAUAGGGCAUUUCAAGCAGACUACUGCAUCCGCGACAUACACGAUUGUGGACUUCUAUGCCGAUUGGUGCGGCCCAUGCAAAGUGAUCUCGCCAGUCUUCGAGCAGCUCGCCGCGCAGGAGUCGAAACCCGGUCGCAUAGUCUUCUGCAAGGUCAACGUGGACAACCAGAGAGAUGUUGCUGGCAUCUAUGGCAUUUCUGCGAUGCCAACCUUCCUCGUCCUAAAAGGAUCCAAAGUCACCGAAACCAUUCGCGGCGCCAAUCCUACUGCCCUUCGAUCCGCCGUCCUUUCCGCCGCUGCCGAUGCGGCCAAAGGUCCUGCGAAGCAAAGCGCCGCUUUCUCUGGUUCGGGACAGAAGUUGGGAGGCGAGAGCAGUGGCAGACCUUUGGGUGGAGGAUCAGGACCUGCGAUGCCAGCGAUUCCGAAUGUUGCGGAGAUGUUGACUGCGCCUGGACAAUUCGCGCAAGGAAGAGGCGUCCCUGCUAUGAUUGUGAGGUUUUUGGGACUUUAUUUCAGCACACUAUUCAGCUUUGAUCCGAUGAAGACGGCGGAGGAGAGUCCAUUU